AUGGACGGGAAAUCCGCGCCUUUACCGCCUUAUCAGGGGCGCCAGGUACGCCAGCGCCAGGCACCUCAUCGAUAUGCUCGCUGGGGGUUGCCUCUGCUUGCUGCUGUGUUGAUUCUUUUAGUCUGGCCUGUCCCACUACCCUCGUGGAAGGUGGUCGAGCCUUUGAACAUCCCAGUCACCUGGGACGAAAUCGUUCCUUCACAGUCGCUGGAGUACCAUAACUGCGGCGAUGAGUUCCAAUGCGCCAGACUGGAAGUGCCUAUGGACUACGAAAGGACUGAUGGGAAAGGUCGCACAUUCGCCUUGGCUAUUGUCCGAUUGCCGGCCAAGGUCCCAGUCACGGAUCCGCGGUAUGGAGGCGCGGUCCUGAUCAAUCCUGGUGGACCUGGUGGACCGGGAACAAUGCAAGCGUUCGAGUCGGGUCGGAAUCUCCAGCUGAUUAUUGAUGCGGAGGCCAACCCAAAAGAGACCGGAGCAGAUGCCGGAGAAGAAACUGGCAAUAAAUAUUUUGAUAUUAUCGGAUUUGAUCCUCGUGGAGUGGGUUCCACAACCCCUCCAGUGAUGUGUUUUCCUGAUCCCGUAUCCCAAAGGAACUGGGAGCUGCAAGUCUCUGCGGAAGGCAUGUUGGGAAGCGGACCGGACUCCUUACAGAGAAACUGGCAGCGGACCGAAGCGCUAAACUCGGGUUGUUCGGUAUUUGAUAUGUCGAGUCUAGGAUCAGACGAACAAAUGAUGUCCUACGUAAAUACCCCACUGGUCGCGCAGGACAUGCUGACCAUCAUUGAACGUCAUGGGGAAUGGCGCGAGAACGAAGGCCGAAGAGCCCAGACAGCUCACAAUAAAUGUCAUGGACUGGAUGAAGGAAACGCAAUCCUACAACGCACCAAAUGGCACCGCGGAGAAGAGCCACUUCUCUAUUGGGGUCGUUCAUACGGUACCCUGCUGGGAACUACCUUUGCCUCGCUCUUCCCUGAACGAGUCACACGAGCUGUUCUCGAUGGCGUAGUCGACAUGGUGAAGUACUACCAAGGAACAGGACCGAACGUUGUUGCCGACGCAGAUGCCAUCUUUGAUCGAUUUGGCCAGUACUGUGACGAGGCUGGACCCGUCGCAUGUCCCUUCUACGUGGAGGGUGGUCCAGAAGCGAUCAGGGCAGCGUACUGGCAACUUGAGAAGCAGAUUUUCAACACCUCAAUCCCCGUCAUGGCAUCUGCGGCACGGGGACCAGAAGUCGUGACUUGGACGGACAUCAAAGCAAUCCAGCGUAUUGCCACCUACCAGCCCCUCCUUGCAUUCCCCGUCCUGGCAGACAGAAUGACCGAGUUGGGCAAGGGAAUGCAGUUCCCAUGGCUGACUUCAAACAUGGUAACCACUUCGGUGCAUGUCCGUCCAACAAAUGCAGUCUUGCUGGGCCUUGGUCACCAGAAUGAUAAUAUGCUUUAUGCUAUGGCUGCUAUUAUGUGCUCAGAUGGGGAACAUUUAACAUCUCUUAACAUUGAGCAGUUCCGGGAAGAAUGGUCUAGCCUUGUGGCCGAUAGCGCAUCUCUGGGUGAUUAUUGGGCACAAUUGCAAUUGAGCUGUGUUGGAUGGAAAGCCAAGGCUAAGUACCCUUUCGCAGGGCCAUGGGGCGCUACUACGGCUCAUCCCAUGCUGUUCGUAUCAAACACUCUGGACCCAGUGACACCUCUCCGCAGUGCGCAACACAUGUCCCAAAUUUUCCCAGGAUCUAGACUGCUGCAGCAAGAAUCAGAAGGACACACAACACUCACAGCCCCGUCGAUCUGCGUGGCGAAAGCCAUUCGCCAUUACUUCCAAACUGGGAAACUACCAGUGACAGGAACUUUGUGUGAAGCCGAUUUGAAGCCAUUGGUUGGAUCUCCGCAUCGUCAUGCGACGAUCAGCCAAAGCUCCAGCCCAGCCGACCGUAAACUGUUCGAGGCAUUGAUGGCGGAGGUUCAUCGGGCACAUCUGUUUCCGCUAUAA